CUCCGCCUUGAUGGACAUCCACGUUCGGACCAAUGGGGGAAUUGUCGCUUCGAAGAAAGCGGGAUGUAUCUGCGGAGUUGGAGAGAGAGGGUGAGCGGAGGGAUCGAGUCUUGACCUCGAGGAAGAGCCUUCAAGUUGCCGAGGGACCGAGGAUGUCCUUUGACCUCCGCGCGACGUCACGUGGACUGACGGGGGCGGGGCGAGAAAGCUAAAUCAGUUCCUUCCGGGUCAGUGACAGGCGUCUUCUCCACGAGGUAGUUCGUGGCUUCUUGAAUCUCCCUGCUCCCAGCGUUUGGUGAUUGUGAUUUCGGCGAUGAGCUCCCAGAGAGGCAACGUGGCCCGUUCCAGGCCUCAGAGACAUCAAAACACGUUUAGCUUCAAAAAUGACAAGUUUGAUAAGACUGUUCAGACCAAGGACAAGUUCCCACAAAGACCUGUUUUGUUCUACUGUCAAUCCACCUAAAGAAACCAGUUUCAAAACUAUGCACAGCUUUGUAAAUCAAGAUGAACUGGUCAGAAAUUGGAUACAGAAACAAACAUGAAACCAAGUAAUGCUUCCUAGUUAACAAGCAGAGUGUUACAUAUGAUCAAAUUUCAGAAAAUUAAUACAAAACUUCAUGAUGGAGUAUGUCAGCGCUGUAAAGAAGUUCUUGAAUGGCGUGUAAAAUACAGCAAAUACAAACCAUUGUCAAAGCCUAAAAAAUGUGUUAAAUGUUUACAAAAGACAGUGAAAGAUUCUUAUCACAUAAUAUGUAGACCAUGUGCCUGUGAACUUGAAGUUUGCGCAAAAUGUGGAAAGAAAGAAGACAUUGUUACUCCGUUUAAUAAAGAAACAGAAAACACAGAAAACAUUGAAAAUAAUCCACAUUCCAAUUGUAGAAGAAGCUGCAGAAGAAAUAAAGAAGAAAGUGAUGACUUAGAUUUUAAUAUUGAUUUAGAUGACUCAGAAGAAGAUGACAAUCAAAUAGAUUAAUAUAUUAAAAGUCAGUGUGAAAACAUGAAAUUCUGAACAACUUUUUAUUUGAGGGUUUUACAGAAAAAUACUGUGAAAUCCUAAUAAAGAAUUUAGAAUAACCUAUAGAAAAUGAUAACAUUUAUACAUGGACAAUAUAAAUUGUGUAUAAUAUUUGAACAAUUAUAUAACUUAUGCAGACUUUUCUUACAAUAAACUUCUAAGUAGCAUAUGCUAGAAGAUCUGCCCAGUGAGCAUUGGGGUAUCAUAAUGCAGUUCAUGGGAAUUAUAUAGAAGAAUAUCAAAGUAACAAGAUUCAGAAUUGAUGGUUUUGUAAGAACUAUCUCAUAGAAAAAAUCCGAUGACAUUAUUGCUAGCCUCAAAAAUGGGUCCUCAGGUGUGUUCCUUUUGAUAAAUUUAUCUCAAGUAAAUGACCCACAAACAAAAGCCCCCUAACUUAAUGUUUGGUUGCUUUAUAAAGCAGAAAGUUAAUUUUUUAAAUAAUAAUGUUUAACAAGUAUGUAGCAGUUUUUUUAAAUGUAUUUUUAUCAUCACAUUUUAACCUUUUUUCUUUUAUAAAGUAUACAUACAGAAAACUGCAUAAAAUAUGUAUGUAUAGUUUAGUAAAUACUUAUAAAGAAAACUCAUACGUCUAUCACACAGAUGAAGAACUACUCCUAAACAAUGUAAAUUAGCUUUAUCUGAUUUUUGAACUUUUUUUCUUUUUAUUAUGAAAAAUCUCAAACCUAAAGAAAAGUAGCAAAAUAAUGCAAUGAACCUUUGUAUAAUCCUACCUAGAUUCAUAUUUGUUAACAGUUUGUACAUUUUGUUUGUAUCUGAAUAGGUGGAUAUGGAUAUAUAUUUUAUUUGCUGAACCAUUUAAAAAUAAGUGGCAGGCAUUAGUUUUGAAUACACUUAUGCACAUUAUUUUGUACCUCUUCUUUAUUUUAUUAUGAAAUUUGUGAGAUUGAUUCAGGUUGUUGCAAAAGCUGUUACUAGUUCAUUUAGAUGUCUCUGUUUUAUUCUAUUGUAUUUAUGUACCAUGAUUUUAUACUCUCUAUUGUUGAGAGCCAUUUGAGUUAUCUCAAUUUUUCCCUAUUACAAAGAAUACUGCUUUGAA